AAUUAUUUGAAAACUUUUAGACAUCGAUCAAUCUAUAAAGAACGAUUUUUGACUUGAAGAUUGAACCGGAUUGAUCGUAAUAAAGCAAGGUAACGGCAGAUGGCGCGAGAGGCUUAUACCGAGCUUCGUCGAUAAGGCAAAAUUUUAAAAUGUCUGACCGAAUUCCUACGUUUUCAAAAUAUCUCCGCCCGCCCGCUCGCCCGCUACCAGUGCAUCGCAGAUAUUGCAUUUUGUUGUUACUUUACGUAGUACAAAUGUGCUCUGAAAAGGACGAGAAAGGAAGCAUAUGACAAUAAUGUAUAACGAUUUUAGUAAAAUGUCAGAAAAGCUUAAAACUGUUAAUAUCGUUAGAUAAAUUUCUUAUAUAACAUAUCGAAUGAUAGUUUGAGGUUAGUAAAAUUCCUUAAAAACUCGACUCGUUAGAUAAUUAAUAAUACAAUGAUCCUAUAUCUUUUCAUCAAAUAUGCAAAGCUUUUUUAAUGAUUGUAUGACGUCGCAUAUUAACCAGAAGAUCAAUUGUUUUUUAAAUUAAUAAUGGAUAAACUAACCAUCAUUUCGGGAGCUCUAUUUUUGGCAGCCGAUAUGUUUGCAAUCGUUAGUCUCGGAAUGCCUGACUGGAUUAUAACCGACGUUGGCGCUUAAUUCCUUUAUGGAAUCGUUGUAGGAGAUACACGAUUAGGCCUUAUGCUGUCUUGUAUGACUUUAUACAACAGGCCGCAAGUUUGUUAUACGCCCGACUUGGAGCCAGAAUGGUUAUUGGCCCUUGUAUUUAUAUUAGUCGGAUGUAUUUUAAUAACGACAACUGUAAUAUUGCUGAUCAGUUCGCAUUGGGAUCGCAAUGUAAUUCCUUACGCUCGAUGGGUCGGAUUUACGGCGAUGGUACUAUUUUGCUUAGCGGCUGUUCUAUUUCCAAUGGGUUUUUACAUUGACGAAAUUGGUGGACAACCAUACCAAUUACCAAAUUCGCAUCAAGUUGGGAUCUCUUAUAUUCUCUUUGUUCUGGCACUAUGGAUCACAGUUAUUUCUGAACUUUUUGCAGGAAAAGUAUGUUUACCACAUUUUUAGCGUUACUCCGUGAUAUUUUAUGAUUAUGGCCUUCGUAUUGUUCUCUUCUUAAUGUUCAGUAUCAUGUAUCUUGGAAGGGAUUACAUUUCAAAGUUCGGCAGGAUUUUAUUUUAAGCCGAGUUAAAGUUUCUUAAAGAAAUAACACUUUUGUUAACUCAUUAUCAUAAUCUAUUAAUUUGCUUUACUUGCGAAUAACGAUUAGUAAGCAGAAAUAAUAGUAAUGUAAAAAGUAAGUUAAAAAAUAUCCAAGUUACGCUAAAGGAUUAUUUGUCAAGUCCAUUGUGUAUUGUCCAAAUCAUUAGAGCGACCUCUGUGCUUAUAACAAUUUGAUAAUUGCUGUCCAAUGGUGCUGAUAUUAAAUUCAACAGAGGGCCACUUUUAACUUUCAAAUAGUUGCUACUCGUUAAACAGAAUCUUCCAUUUUCUAUAGAAAUAUAUGACCAAGUAAAAUAUUCCUAUUUUGCGUAUAUUGUAUCUUAAUACACAUGUGACAGCUUAUAGAUAAUGUAUGUACAUAGAUUUAUUUUUUUUCCUUUUUUUUCUUCUUUUUUUUUUUUUAAUUUUUCUUUUUUAUAAACUCUAAAUAUUUAUUUACAAUUUAUAAUAGAUAUAUACUAAGAUGAAAAGAAAUAUAUUGUAUUUUACUGCUUAAGUUACAUACACUUGCAAAAUUUCACUUAUAUCAAGAUUUUAUCUACAUUAUAAACAUUUUACUUUAUAGAUAAUGUAUGUAUGUAUGUAUGUAUGUAAAUAUGAUAUUUUAUAAUUAGAUUUUCUAGUUUUACCACUUUGCAUAGCUAUAAUAUUCUUAUUUGUAUGUUACUCAAAUUUCUUGUAUUUCUACAAGAGAUAAAAGUUUACACUAUAUUGUACACAGGUUUUCAUAAAAGUUUGUGUGUGUGGGGUGUGCAUAUAUAUAUAUAUAUAUAUAUACACAUAUGUGUGUGUGUGUGUGUGUGGGUGGGUGGGUGUAUGCAUGUAUAUAUAUAUAUAUAUAUAUAUAUAUAUAUAUAUUUUUUUUUUGCUAAUUUGUUUGUUUGAUAAUAUUACCAUCGUUAACAAACAUAGAUUUGCAGACUUUAGUCGGUGCAAAAAUGUAAAAUAUGUCAGUAAAUAUAAAUGAUAUAAUAGAUGUGACCUCGGUUUGAAAGAAAUUUUUCAACGAUAUGAUUAAUUUACAAUAUUAUGGUAGAUAUAUCUCAUAAUGGAGGUUCAGUACAAUAUUAAUCCUUACUUCAAUAAUGACUAAAUUGUUAAAUUCGAUAUAUAAAUUGACAAAAAAUAUUUCUUUGUUGAGAAAAAUGUAAAAAUGCAAAUACUACAACUUUACCGUUCAAGAAAGAGUUCAUUAAAAUAAUGAUUCUUGAAUAACAGACUGGUCUUAUUACAAAUAUGUAAAAGUGACGUAUUUAUAUGCAAAAAUGACACAUUUAUGGACAUUUGUUUCUAACGAAAUACAUGAGCUUAUUAACAUUAAUGGGAUCGAUGAAUGUUACAUUAAUUUUUUUUUCUUUUUUCUUUUUUUUUUUUCUCUCUCUCUCUCUCUCAUUAUGACAGGCAGUCGGUGCCAAAGAUUAUAAGGCAAAAUUGGAAAAUAUGUUCACGCUUGCCUGAUAAAAAAAUGUAUUUCUUACUUAUCGUAAUGUUUAGUCUUAUCUUCCUAAGAAAUCUUAAACACGAGUAACGAAUAUCAAAAGUUGGACAGUAAAUUGGGAAUUCAGGAGACUUAGAGAAAUUAUUUGUACAUAACUAAUUAACGCGCAUAUACGUAAUACGUAAAACAAAACUUAUAUAAUAAGCCUUUCAAUAAAGAGAUGACCAGAAUGAUUGAAAAUGUGA